AUGCGAACCAUCUGUAAGCCGAUCGAUUCGGCUGGACCAGUCGAAGCAGAUACGGUGAGACAUAGGACCCAUGGGCUUUCGAAUAAUGCAGAUAUCCAUAAAGCAUCCGCAAAAGCCUCUUGGGUAAUGUUGACAACCUUUUCUGUUGGGUAUCUCAGUUCAGCUCUUGCUUCCAUGAUAUCGCUGAGUGCGGUUGCGUUCGUAUCGAACUGGACAACUGUGUCCACAUGGGCGAAGUUUACCGCCCUACAUGAGGUCCAAUUCUCUUUGAUUGUGGAGAAACUGAUUGCUUUUAAAAGCUGGAAACGGCAGGGAAAAUAUUUGUCUGAUGAGACACAUGGAGGAACAAUGGAUCGAUCAGUUUACCUAUCAUAGCUAUCUACGUUCAUUGAACAUGCAUUAUAGUUGAUGUUUAAGGUACUGAUUCUUUAUACAGGCUGUAUGUGGAUAACAAUGGUAUGCUGCUUUUCUCGUGUCCAAUUUGUGUGUCCGAAUGCUAAUUCGAAUACAACAGCUAGAUAUUGUGGUGCGUAAUCGGGUUUUUCACACCAUGUGUCAACUGAACAGCCACUUGUAUGGCGAUACUCAUCUUAGUGUCCAGCGCUAGCAGUCGUGACUUUCGGUCAAUUUGAGGUCUCUUGUUAAUUGCUGAGUAGGCAGGGUGCGUGCCUGUCGUCUGGGACAG